AUGUGCAUAAAAAUUAAAGAAAAAUUUAAUUCACCACAAAAACAAUUAACAUCAUAUGUUCAUUCAACUUCUUCUGAUUCAUCUAAUCUAUUUGAUACACAUAAUUAUAGUAAAGAUUUAUUAAUAGAAAUUGAUCAAUCAGAACAUGAUUUUCAUGUAACACCAUCAUCACUUGAACCACAUUGUCCAAUAUUUACACUUGCAAUUGGAGUACUUGAUAUAUUAGUACUUAUUGUUUUAUAUAUUGUACAAGAAGGAACAAUAAUAACAUCUGAAACUUGGAUUAAAAUGGGUUGCAAAUAUGUGCCUUGUAUGAAACCAUUAUAUUCUAAAGCAGAACAAGAAAUAUAUAAUGUUGGACUUAAAUCUCAAUGUCAAUCUUUUCUUUUUCCUUAUCAAUUUUUUCGAUUUAUUACUCCAAUAUUUCUUCAUGGUGAUAUUACUCAUCUUUUAAGUAAUCUCGUUUAUCAAGCUUUGGUUGGUACUCUUUUGGAAGGAAAAUAUGGUAAAAAAACAUUAGCAAUAUGCUAUAUUUUAUUUGGCUUUAGUGCAAAUGUUAUGAGUUCAUUGUGUAAUCCGAAGAGUAUAUCUGUAGGAGCAUCGGGUGCAGUUUAUGGUCUUUUAUUCUUCUGUAUCAUUGAUAAUACUUUAAGAGUUUUUACUAUUACGAAUAUACAAGACAAAAUCAUUCAAUUUCUAAUAACACUUCUUGUUAUACCAUAUUUUAUAUUGAGUAUAUUUCUUGAUGUUGAUUCUUCGGGUCAUGUUGACCAUGCAGCACAUAUUGGUGGUGCAGUUAUGGGUACUUUAGUCGCUAUAUUUUUGUGUGAUAUGCCAGCAUUUAUUACAACUAGAAUUCCACAUGGAGAAAAACGAAUUCAACUAAUUGCACUAACAUCAAUUAUUGGAUAUUUUAUUAUUACAUUAUUGAUUUUUUAUUUAUUUAUACCGGUUCAUCUUAAAUAA